GAAAGCUUAGCAGUGUAAGCGUUGACAACAGACGCAAUGUUUACGUAUUUGGAGAGUUAGUGGAUUAUAAAAAAAAGUGGGAAUAGAGACAUAAGAAGUCUAAAAUCCUAUAAAAGCGGAAUGAAUAAUAAUAGUAAUGGAUAUCAUAUAAAACAGAUUAAUAUAUAAGAUAAGAAAAGCUUCAAACUGCAGAAAGAAUAUAACAAACAAGAUUUAGAAAAUAUUGAAUUAAAAAGUCCUAAAACCACAUAAAAUAAGGAAGAAGAAGAGAUAGUGGAAUUGUGGUCAACCAUCUCCGAGAAUGUAUGUUGGUGGCGCCGUGUGGAAGAAGCUCCCCCAGGGAACUAUGAGUCUGAAAAGAUUCAUGCUGAGAACAGAAGCUAUAAAACUCUAUAGAAAUAUCUUGCGACAACUUAAAGAGCUCCCUGACAAAGAACAGCGCAAAGAAAUAAGAGACUGGGCGAGAAGUGAUUUUGAAGCUCAUCGACAUCAUGAAGAUGAGAACACAAUUAGGUCUCUCCUAUACCAAGGGCAGAAGCAGCUUGAAGAACUCGAGAAAAAUAUAAGACGUGCAAAUUCUUAGCAUACUUAAUUGUAUUUAGUUUGACUAUAUUCUAGAAUGGUGUAUAAUAGCUGAAUUAAAAUGUAAUAUCAAUAUA